GGAAAUAGCGGGGGGAGUGCCAUGGGCGGAGAGAACUUCAAUGGGCGCUCCUGGGCAGUAGCUGCCCUAGUCUCAGGAGGUUAACACCUCAGUUGGGAGAUUCGACAGACAGCAUUGUAGUCUGCUGAAGCUUGAAAGUCACCUGGGGACAAUGCACCUGGGAAAACCCCGUGUCCACAGUAUCAGCUCCGAGUGCUCGUCCGGUCAAAGACCAGAGAAUCUUUAGCAGCGUUGAAUGUGUUCCUACCAGCUGCAAUGGCUUCUUUCCAAAGGCAAAGUCUGCAAGCAAGGAUUCUUAGCUCAGAAGAAGAGGACAAGCUGCAAAGAGACCGAGCUUUGGUGUCUGAUUUUAAACAGCAAAAACUGGAAAAAGAGGCUCAGAAGAAUUGGGACCUUUUUUACAAAAGAAACAGUACCAAUUUUUUCAAGGACAGACACUGGACCACCAGAGAGUUUGAGGAGCUGAGAUCAUGUAGGGAGUAUGAAGGUCAAAAAUUGGUUUUGUUGGAAGCUGGAUGUGGAGUUGGGAACUGUUUAUUUCCACUGUUGGAAGAAGAUGUGAAUAUCUUUGCCUAUGCCUGUGACUUUUCUCCAAGGGCAGUUGACUAUGUUAAGCAAAAUCCUUUAUAUAAUACAGAGAGAUGCAAAGUGUUCCAGUGUGACCUCACUAAAGAUGACCUUCUUGACCAUAUCCCACCAGAGUCUGUGGAUGCCGUUACAUUGAUCUUUGUGCUCUCAACUAUUCACCCUGAGAAGAUGCGCCUUGUCUUACUAAAUGUGUACAAGGUACUAAAACCAGGCAGAAGUGUCUUGUUCCGUGACUACGGGCUGCAUGAUCAUGCGAUGCUUAGAUUUAAAGCUGGAAGCAAACUUGGAGAAAAUUUUUAUGUCAGACAAGAUGGAACCAGGUCCUAUUUUUUUACUGAUGAGUUCCUGGCACAGCUCUUUGCAGAUGCAGGUUAUGAGGAAGUGGUGAACGAGUAUGUGUUCCGAGAGACGGUGAAUAGAAAAGAAGGCUUGUGUGUGCCUCGAGUUUUCCUGCAGAGCAAGUUCCGGAAACCGCCAAAAGGUCCAGACCCUGCCACUGACUCUGCUUCACUUUGAAGAAAGAAGUUUUAAUCUACUUUAUAUACUUUUAUAUUCUGAAUUUUUCAAAUUCCAUGCAUAAUUUUUGUAUGGUAAACAAGUGAGGAUUGGGGAGUUGGCUCAGCAGGUAAAGUGUUAUCUGUGCAUGCCUAACCAAGUGUGAACCCCAGGAAUCUGUCUAGGAAAAAAAGGCAGAGUGCUGGAGAGAUGGCUCAGUGGUCAAGAGUGUUGGCUGCUUCUUCAGAGGAUCUGGGUUCAAUUUCCAGCACCCACAUGACAUCUCUAGUUCCAGGGGACCGCUGAGGAUGAAAUGCCCUUUUCUGGCCUCUUCAGAUGGUAUAUAGACAUACGUGCAGGCAAAACACUCAAAAAGAAAAAAUUCAGGUUUGGUAAUAAUCUAUAAUCCAGUACUCCUACCUCAAGAGAAGCAGAGAUAAAAGAAUCAUCUGGAAGCUCUAGGACCAGCCAGCCUGAACGACGCAGUAUGGCAGAGAAGAGGCAAGAGACCUGGCCGCAGAAAGGUAGAGGGUGAGAACCAACUCCUGAGAAUUGUUCUCUGACCUUCACAUGUGCACAGAUGAGUAAAUGAACAGUGAAUAUUUGCACACAUAGA